AUGACAACCGACACGCCCACGCCCUCCGGGGCCCCCGUCGACCUCCCCGUCCGCGCCGCCGACGGCGCCCCCUUUGACAUUGUCCAGACGUACCACGACCUCCUCGCCCAGAACCGCGACCUCACCAAGCCCGUCGUCGCCAUCAAGGCCCUCAUCUCCCUCCUCGAGAACACAAACUCCGUCACCGCCCACGAGACCAUGGACGUCCUCCAGGCCAGUGCCGACCGCCUCACCAACUCGGUCCGCAACCCUGUGCCCCUCGUCGCCGGCACACACCUCUUCCUCUGGUUCGUUCGACAGAUGCUGCGCGACGAAGGCGGUAACUUUGAAAACGUCCGCAGGCAUCUCGUCGACAAUGGCCAGGUCUUUGCCCAGCGCGCUAUCCACGCCCGCACUGGUGUCGCCGAGCACGGCUUCCGCGUCAUCAAGCCCGGCCAGACGGUCAUGACACAUGGCUCCUCGCGCGCCGUCCUUGGCCUCAUUGAGCGGGCGCAACAGGCUAUCCCCGGCCGCUUCAAGGUCAUUUACGUCCGGGACCACUACAACCCCAAGGAGUCGGAGCGCGUCGUCUCACGCCUGCGCAAGCUCGGCAUUCCCACAGCCCCGAUCGACGGCGCGAGCGUCCUCACGGCUGUCAAGGCCGCCAAGCCAGGCGUCUCGGCUGUCUUCCUUGGCGGGGAGGUCAUCACAAAGGGCGGCGGUGUCAUCAGCCGCGUGGGUGCGGCGCAAGUGGCGCAGAUUGCGCACGAGUCGAGCAUCCCUGUCUUCGUCUGCGGCGAGGAGCACAAGUUUGUGGCGUUUAUGCCGUGGUGGAACGAGAUUGGCUUUGACCAGAAACUGCUGGACUUUGGCACAGAGGAUGCGGAGAGGCCGGCGACGGACGACCCUGUGGAGUGGGUGCCGCACGACUAUGUGCAUCAGUUGAUCACCGAGAGGGGACUUCACCUGCCGAACCACGUGAGCACGACCAUUUACCAGACCUAUGGCAGCUUCGAUGGGUAG